ACGGCCUUGCGCCCCGGCGCAUGAGCGCUCGGGCGCUGUAGCGCAUCUAUUAUACUGCCUUGCCGAGGAUAAAAAGAAGAGCAACUGGAGGGACUGUAAGGCAAACGUUGCUGGAGCUGCCGGGGCAAAUUUGCUCUAGGUUGUAUGGUUGCACCCUGGAAAUGGGAUGUCAGUCCCGUUCAGGGAGCAUAAAGGAAGAAAGAAAAUCUCCCCGUUGCUGCCGCAGUGACAGCGAGUGAGAGCCCGAGCAGGAAGAUGUCGGCGGUCGCCUCAGCGAUCCAGGCUCCUCAGGGCCCCGUGAAUCCGCCGCCUCCAGAGGUGACAAAUCCCAACAAACCUGGCCGAAAGACCAACCAGCUGCAAUAUAUGCAAAAUGUUGUGGUGAAGACCUUGUGGAAGCAUCAGUUUGCUUGGCCUUUCUACCAGCCUGUUGAUGCAAUUAAGCUGAAUUUGCCGGAUUAUCACAAAAUAAUAAAAAACCCCAUGGACAUGGGGACGAUCAAGAAGCGCCUGGAACACAACUAUUACUGGAGUGCCAGUGAAUGUAUGCAGGAUUUCAACACCAUGUUUACAAACUGUUACAUUUAUAACAAGCCCACAGAUGACAUUGUCCUCAUGGCCCAAGCCCUGGAGAAGAUAUUUCUGCAGAAGGUUGCCCAGAUGCCUCAGGAGGAGGUGGAAUUGCUACCCCCAGUUCCUAAAGGCAAAGGUCGCAAGCCCUCAGCGGGCACACAGAGCGCAGGAGCGCAGCAAGCCGUGGCCGUGUCUUCCGUGUCCCCGCCGGCCCCGUUCCAGAACGUCCCUCCAGCCGUGUCUCAGACGCCCGUCAUCGCUGCCACCCCCGUGCCAACCAUCACCGCCAAUGUCCCGCCUGUCGCCGCCCCUGCCGCCGCCGUCCCGCCCCCGCCCGCCGCUCCGAUCAUGCCCGUGGUGCCUCCCACGCCGCCGGUCGUCAAGAAAAAGGGAGUGAAGCGGAAAGCAGACACCACCACGCCCACCACGUCUGCCAUCACGGCGAGCAGGAGCGAGUCCCCCACGCCGCUGUCGGACCCCAAACAGGCCAAAAUCAUCGCGCGCAGGGAGAGCGGCGGCCGCCCCAUCAAGCCACCAAAGAAGGACCUGGAGGAUGGAGAGGUCCCUCAGCACGCAGGGAAGAAGGGCAAACUCUCUGAGCACCUCAAGUACUGUGACAGCAUCCUCAAGGAGAUGCUCUCCAAGAAGCACGCAGCCUAUGCAUGGCCAUUUUACAAGCCCGUGGAUGCAGAGGCCUUGGAAUUACAUGACUAUCACGAUAUUAUCAAACACCCCAUGGAUCUCAGUACUGUGAAAAAAAAAAUGGACAGUCGGGAAUACCAGGAUGCACAAGGUUUUGCAGCAGAUAUUCGGUUAAUGUUCUCUAAUUGUUACAAGUACAAUCCUCCAGACCACGAGGUGGUGGCCAUGGCCAGGAAGCUCCAGGAUGUCUUUGAGAUGAGGUUUGCAAAAAUGCCAGAUGAGCCUGCAGAGGCCCCCCCUCCACCUCCCCCAACAGCCCCAGUGGUGAGCAAAAGCACAGAGAGCAGCCACAGCAGCGAGGAGAGCUCCUCAGACUCCGACAGCUCCGACUCCGAGGAGGAGCGGGCGACUCGGCUGGCCGAGCUCCAGGAGCAGCUGAAAGCCGUCCAUGAGCAGCUGGCUGCACUGUCCCAAGCGCCAGUGAACAAACCAAAGAAAAAAAAAGAGAAGAAGGAGAAAGAGAAGAAAAAGAAAGAUAAAGAGAAGGAAAAAGAAAAGCACAAAGUCAAAGCUGAGGAGGAGAAGAAACCCAAGGUGGCUCAACCACCAAAACAAGCCCAACAGAAGAAAGCCCCAGCUAAGAAAGCGAACAGCACAACCACAGCUAACAGGCAGCCCAAGAAAGGAGGCAAACAGGCAUCUGCAACCUACGACUCGGAUGAGGAGGAGGAAGGGCUGCCCAUGACCUAUGAUGAGAAGCGACAGCUCAGCCUGGACAUCAACCGCCUGCCCGGGGAGAAGCUGGGCAGGGUGGUUCACAUCAUCCAGUCCAGGGAACCUUCCCUCAGAGACUCCAAUCCCGACGAGAUUGAAAUAGAUUUUGAAACUUUGAAGCCCACAACGUUACGAGAACUGGAGAGAUACGUGAAAUCUUGUUUACAGAAAAAACAAAGGAAACCAUUUUCUGCCAGUGGCAAAAAGCAAGCAGCAAAGUCAAAAGAAGAGUUAGCUCAGGAAAAGAAGAAAGAACUAGAAAAACGGUUACAGGACGUCAGUGGGCAGCUAAACAACAACAAGAAGCCUGCAAAGAAAGAGAAAUCCGGCUCCACUCCCUCCGGAGGCCCCUCCCGGCUCAGCAGCAGCUCCUCCUCCGAGUCGGGGAGCAGCAGCUCCAGCGGCUCCAGCUCGGACAGCAGCGACUCGGAAUGAGCGCGGACACACGGACACAACCCCCAAACGGACACCCCCUCCCGCCCCUGCUCUGCAGAGCCCCCUCCCCUCCUCACCCCCUGCUCACGGUGGUCAGGUUUUAACCUCUCUCUCUUUUCUCUGACUUGUUUUUUUUUUAUUUUAUUUUUUAACUCAGUGUUGCAAAAGGUAUUUUCUUUUUUUUUUUUUUUUUUUUUUUUUGUGUGGGGGGGAGGGAGUGGGUUCUCUUUUAAUAGGUCAAAGAUCUUCGAGUGUGUGUGUGUGACUAGACUUUAUGACAAAUAGUUCCCUUUGCAUAAAGUCUCUAAAAUUUACAUUUAUCUGGAGAAAAUUGGUCGAAAAUGGAAGAACUUUGAGCUCUUAGCAGGAGAUAAAUAGAAAAUUCUGCAAGGUUUGUAGUACAUUUCCCUCUCAGCCCUUCCCUCUCCCCAAAUAUUCUCUUUUAAUAAGCCUGCCUGGCUCACACAAGGUAAAAACCAUCUUUUUUUAAAGAAAUCUCUGUAAAAUGGUACUGUAUCUGAAAGAUGUUAGCUUUUGAACUAGUUGGUGUAUUUGUUAUUAGCACUAGUAUUCUUAAUCUCCAAGUCUACAGUGUGAUGAAAAUGUCAGAUGCUAUCAUCUUUUUACAUAAAAACAAAAAAAAAUCCAAAAAAAUUCUCAUGUACUGUGGAUUGCUAACAUGCUUUUUUUUAAAUCUUGGUAGAGGCGUAGGCACCUGUUCAGGAAGGUCUUGAAGCAUGAAUUUAACUUUUAAGCACACGAGCAAUAGAAGUGGUUGCAUUUCUUGGUUCUCCACUCAAAAGCUUCACUUUUCCUGGGGAUUCAUUUGGAAGAAGGGAGCAAGGGACUCACUCAAGUUUCUUGGGAAUGUUAUUUUUACCAUGAAAUAGAUAAUUCCCAGGAAAUGGGACGCUCUCUGUGAAAGUUGUCAUGGAAUUGACAGGAGUUUUUUUUGGCUGGAAGUUGUCAGCUGGAGCCUGGAGUGAUCCCUGCGGUGACCAGGACAAGUCAUGUGCCCAUUGCUGGGCACAUUUUGGGCAAUUCCUCCAUGACAAACACCUCAGACUGGGCUUAAAAUAAAGCAGCACUUGAGCUCCAGCUGAGGCUGAGCUGGCAGGGGAAGUGGAGAGGGAUUUUAUGUGUGUUUGGGCUUUUUGCUUUUGAGUUUGCUUUGGUUUUCUCCCUUCUCUUCAUCAUUCUGGUAGUGAGCUCCUGGAAGGGGAGAUGCUCCUCCUGUGUCAGGCAGGGUUCAAGUUCCAGGCACUGAAAUGUUUUAGCUCAAUGAAAAGAAGAAAGAGGGGAGGGAGAAGAAAAAAAAAGGCAAUUUUUUUUUAAAGCUUGCUAUUUUUUUCAGUCCAGCCUAACGUUUUCACCUGUGCUGCUGUAAUACACCCUGGUUUCAGUGUCCCUAAUUUCAUGUAUAUACCAUGACUUUAUUUAUUAAACACCAUUGGUCGUUUAAAAUGUAAUAAAACCUAACAAAAGCAAAGCUGGGGUUUUGCAGGCCAGCAGACAGGAAGAUUUUUAACGAGAUUUGAACCAGAUUUAAAAAACAAACAACAACAAAGCAAAUAAAAAUCCACAACUUUAUUUAUAUACCUUGGACUUUUCUACCUACAGGUGCUACAGUCCAGUCUCUCGUGUGUCUGGUGCUCUGUCAUGUUUGGUGUGUUCACUUUUAGCAUUUUUUCCUCCUCUUUUCACCCCAGACCCCUUUUUUCCUGUUUUGUACAGAUUUUGGAGACAUAUACUUCAAUACAAUUUUAUUUUCUCAGUGGUCUUUUUUCCUCCCCUCUUUUUUUGUUUUGGUAGAACAAUGGGGGUUUUAUCCUUUUCUAAUCCAAUUUUAGGAAAACAUCAGUUCUGUAAUUAUAUCAAAUUUGUAAUCUGAGGGGCAGAAGUUGUAUUGUAAAUUCUUUUUAUUGUAAAGAAAAAAAAAUACACAGAAUUUAACAGAAAGUUCUGCCUUUCCAUCUCCACCACCAGCCCCUAAAACUGCCUCUCCCCUGUGGGGUAGCCCUAAAAUUCACCUUCUGUGCUCUCCCAGAAGCACAGAAUCAUGAUUUUUCUUUUCCAUUAACAGUGGAGUUCUGCUUUUAAUUCAUUAUUUUUCUUUUCCAUUAACAAUGGAGUUCAGUUCUGAUAUUAUUUUUUUUAAGUUCUGCCCUUACAAAACCUUCCCCUAGACAGAUCCCUGGUAAUAUAUUUUCAGAAUUUACUAUGAGGAAAUGUAAUAUUCACCUAAUUAAGAGCUUGGGUUUCUUUUUAACGGGGUUGGGUUUCACCUGUGUUUCUCCUGUUGCCUGCGACUUGAAUGACCAAAACCAAGGAAUAUUUUAAGGAAUAAUUGCAACCAAUUCACUGCCACGGCUUUUGGAUAAACAAACUCCCAGUUUUCCCUUCCUGGGACCUUUUCCUGCAUGCUUGACCCUGAGCUGUGGUGGUGGCUGCUGUGGGGAGGACAAACUGGAGGCGACAGCAUCACUGCCACAAAAAAUCCUGGGAAUUUGAGCUCUGGCACCAUCCUCUGACAUCAGGAACAGCCCCUGGAACACACAGACAUCCCUCAAGGAGCCACGGGGCUGCCCCACCUAAAUUAGUUGGGAAAGCUGGAGCCAGAGGUUGAGAACCAGCUGUGAGGUGAUGGGAAAAGCGUGCCCUGAGGCUGGCUCAGCGCUGGAGGAGGAUCCCUGCUGGAGCUGGAAAAUCAUCCCAGCCUGGGGGUUUUCCAGGAAAACAACCUGCCAAGGCCACCACAGAACGAAAAGAAUCUGCUGCACAUCUUUGAUUCACCAGCUGCAACUUGGGCUUCCACUUAUUGGGAAACUCUGCACGGAAAGUGAGGUGUUCCCAACAAAAUGGAGCAAGGAGAAAUCCAUUUUGGCAUGACUGAGGGAAGAAUUUGGUGACUCCUCCCUUCCAAAUGCUGUCCUUACACUUUUCCAUUCCCAGCUUGUUUGUAGUGCUCUUUAUCCCCACCAUGUCCAUGGGGGUGCCUCUUGUACAUCCUGAGUUUCUCCAGGAAAGAAAAGAUGUUUCCAGUCCAGAGUAAGUAACAGCAGUCCUGAAUGAGUUGGGAACUGAAGCAACAGAGCAUUUAUUUAACUGGCUUUUAUUGCAUGACACGUCAGUCCAGAUGUCACAAAAUAACUUGGAAACGAUCAAACACAACAACGUUUGAAGGACAUUUUUAAACUUAAGAAUAAAAAAAAAAAAAAAAAAAAAAAAAAAAAAAAGGAAAAAAAAAAUUAAAAUUUUUAUGGUAGAAUUUUUCUUGAAUGAACAAAGUUUAACUUUGUUUUCCAGGGGAAACUUCACUGAAAUCAGUAUGAUUUCAUAUGUAUGCAUACACACAGAGUUUUAUUGAAACUGCUUUUUUCGGACUAAUUCCUGUUUUGACAAAAUAUCUGACCAGACCUUUCUCAAUCAACCAGCAUUACUGCACCUUUCUAAAAACUUUGUGAACCUUUUCUCUGAUUGUAAACUCAGCCUGUCUCAUGGCUCAGUGGGACCAGAGGGAGAUUCCCCAUCCCAGCGACCGAAGGAGUCUCUCAGCUCUCUGCACACCAAAUGUGUCACCUACACAACAAAAAAACAACAAAAUCAUUUUAAUUUUUGUACUGGUGUGGUUUGAACCUUGCCUACCCCCAGGGUUUGUAAGCGUGGGAGUGAUGUUUCAGAGCUGUGUCACUGCUGGCAGGGUGGUGACCCCCAAAAACACACAAACAUCAUUUCUGUGAGCUGAGUUCCCCCUGAGCUCUCUUCCCCCUUCUCUGUGUUAGAAGCAGACUGCAGUUAGCUAACCUAGUUCUUUCUCUGCUUUGGAGACUUUUAGAGCAGUUCUUAAUUUUUUUUUCCUUGUUUUGGAAGGAAUGAUGUUUUUUUAAAGCUGGGGUUGGAGCUGAGGGGAAGGGAUCGGGGCAUGACAAAGACAAACCACAACCAUUUUAGUACUGGAUUUUAAAUUCUCAGUCUCUUCUCAACCCUGAGAGUUACCACUAGGGCUAACUGUGGGCAGGCUCUGCAUCAGUAAAGAGAAAUUUAGGAUUCCCUACACAGCAGCGUUAUCUUGCUUGAGCUGCAUUUUGUAAAGAAAAUGGUAUUUGCAUAUCUUUUUAAAAUGUCAUUUUUAAAAAAGAAAUUAAACCACCAGCUAGGAUUUGACACAGGCCGCUUAGAACACAGCCCUGAUACUGGCAUAACCAAUCCAGAAAGAUUUGUUGUUGUAUUUUUUGUUUUGUUAUUUUGGGGUUUUUUUAAUAUUUAAAAGAAAAAAAGAAAUUGUUACUUUUCUGUAUGAUGUGCAUGCAAAUUUACCGUAACUCUUUUUCUUAAAACUUUUUAGUGCCAUUUCUAGUAUAUUCCUGUAAAUGUCAGUUAUUGAAAAGAAAUUAGUCAAUGUAAGUAGUUUAGCUUGUUUAUUGCAAAUUGCUGGCCUCAAACAAAACAGAAUUAAAAAAAAAAAGAGUUAGAAAGUAAUCUUUGAUGUUACUGGUAAUCACGGACCCUGGUCCUGGGGCAUUCGUUUUGUUUUCAUAAUAAAAAGAAAAAUUGUUUGGUGUGUGCAGUUUGAUCCCA